GAGCCACCGCCGCCGCACCGCCGCAGAGCCGCCGGGAUGAGCGCGGGCGGCCCCGGCGGGGGGGAGGACGGCCCGGGGGGCUGCGCGCUGGGCUGGUCCGGGCCCCGCUGCUCUCCCCGCUCCCGGGGCGGCGAGGCGGUGCUCCGCGCCCGCGCGGAGGCUGCGGGGUACCGGCGGCUGCUCCGCGCCCGCGCCGCGGAGGUGGAGGCGCUGCGCGGGGCCGUGGGAGCGCUGCAUCGGCAGCUGGAGGGGCUCCGCGACCGGCGCAGCGGGGAGCUCGCCAAGUACCAGGAGCGGGUGGCGGAGCUGGAGCGGCAGAUCGGCGAAGCGGAGCAGGAGAUGGCGCGGUGCCUGCGGGAAUACCCCGCGCUGCUGCGGCUGCGGAUGGCGCUGGACGCGGAGAUCGCCGCGUAUCGGGAGAUGCUGGAAGGGGAGGAGCUGCGCCUGGGUGCCGUGGUACCGCCGUGACGCGGCGCCCACCCCUUUGCUGCGGACCGGGGACCGCCGGGACCCCCCGGACUCCCGGCACCGGGCUGCUGCUCUGCGGGGCCCUCUGUGCCCCCCGCCCCUCUGGAGCGCCCUCCACUCCCGAGCCACGGGACCCCCGGACUCCUGGAACCCGGUCCUUCCGGACCUCUUUGCCACGGGACCCCUGGGCUCCGCAGACGCCCCCGGGAGGCCCCCACUCCCCAGCAGGACAGCGCCCCGGGCCGCACACUCUCACCAGCCUCUCCAGAGCGGCAGCAGGGCUGCAGUCCCGGCCCUGGCCCACACGGGAGCAUCUCAAUAAACGCCCCGUGGCAUUACCCAGC